GGCCGCGAACCGCCGCGCUCUCGCGAGAUUUACGCCACCUCCUCCCCGUCCAGGCUCCACGUCAGAAGGAACCGGGCGGAGCGGCCAACAUGGCGGAACGCAGGCGACACAAGAAGCGGAUCCAGGAAGUUGGCGAGCCGUCAAAAGAAGAGAAGGCCAUAGCCAAGUAUCUUCGAUUCAACUGUCCAACAAAGUCCACCAAUAUGAUGGGUCAUCGAGUUGAUUAUUUUAUUGCUUCAAAAGCAGUGGAUUGCCUCUUGGAUUCAAAAUGGACAAAGGCCAAGAAAGGAGAGGAGGCUUUAUUUACAACCAGGGAGUCUGUGGUUGACUACUGCAACAGGCUUUUAAAGAAACAGUUUUUUCAUCGGGCCCUGAAAGUAAUGAAAAUGAAGUAUGAUAAAGACAUAAAAAAAGAAAAAGAUAAAGGAAAAUCUGAAAGUGGGAAAGAAGAAGAUAAAAAGAGCAAGAAAGAAAAUAUAAAAGAAGAAAAGACAAAAAAGGAAAAAGAGAAAAAGAAAGAUGGUGAAAAGGAGGAGUCCAAAAAGGAGGAAACUCCAGGAACUCCAAAAAAGAAGGAAACUAAGAAAAAAUUCAAACUUGAGCCACAUGAUGAUCAAGUUUUUCUGGAUGGAAAUGAGGUUUAUGUGUGGAUCUAUGACCCAGUUCACAUUAAAACAUUUGUCAUGGGAUUAAUUCUUGUUAUUGCAGUAAUAGCAGCCACCCUCUUCCCCCUCUGGCCGGCAGAAAUGCGAGUAGGUGUCUAUUACCUCAGUGUGGGUGCAGGCUGUUUUGUGGCCAGCAUUCUUCUCCUUGCUAUUGCUCGCUGCAUUCUGUUCCUCAUCAUCUGGCUGAUAACUGGAGGAAGGCACCACUUUUGGUUCUUGCCAAACCUGACUGCUGAUGUGGGCUUCAUUGACUCCUUCAGGCCUCUGUACACACAUGAAUACAAAGGACCAAAAGCAGACUUAAAGAAAGAGGAGAGAUCGGAAACCAAAAAGCAACAGAAGUCCGACAGUGAGGAAAAGUCAGACAGUGAGAAAAAGGAAGAUGAAGACGGGAAAGUAGCACCGGGAAAUCAUGGAACAGAAGGCUCAGGCGGAGAGCAGCACUCAGACACGGACAGUGACAGGAGGGGAGACGACCGGUCCCAGCACAGUAGUGGGAACGGGAAUGAUUUCGAGAUGAUCACGAAAGAGGAACUGGAACAGCAGACAGAUGGAGAUUGUGAUGAAGAAGAUGAUGACAAAGAUGGAGAAAUGCACAAAUCUGCACAUGAAAAAUUAUAAUCUGACGAAUUUGGGGACUGAAUAAGUGCAGCAAGUUGUGUUUUCUACGUUGGGUGAUCAUAAUGUACACGUGGCAUUUGUAGCAUUCUUUAAAUCCAUUUUCUGAAAUGUAUUUGACAUUCAGUUAAAGUCAGCCUUUUGUUUUGUAGAGCAUUGGUACUAUUGGCACAGUCUAAAGCCAUUACUAAUUUUAUCCAUCUGAUAAUUUUACAGUAAGUAGGCCUCAUUUUGAUAGUUAUCAAAGAAAUAUUGUCCACAGUGACAUUUAGAUUAAGGGCAUUUUUGAUAGUUGUAUGGCUUUUUACUGUUAGACUAAUGGAAAUCACUAAAGAAACUGCAGCAUUUCAAAUUAUGCAUAAAUAUAUAGCCAUUUUGCAGUUUCUUUACAAUGAAAUGCAUAAACUCAUUGUUCUUGGUAGCUAUGCUUUUGUUUUUCUUCAUAAAUUAUACCAGAAAAUUCCUUUUUAAGAUUUUGAGUUAGCAGGGAUCAAGAACAUUUUGUGGAAACAAACCAGCUAGUAACAGUGCAGCAAUACUUUUAAUUUUGCUACAAAUUCUCCUUUUCCAACUUAGGAAAUCCAAACUGAAUUGUGCAUUCAAUCCAGAGAAAGGUGGUCAUCUCCAACACAGUGAAGAGCACUGAUUAGAAGACGAGGGCUCUUCCUUCCUCCCAUCUCCUUGUCAUAAAAUGUAUUCUGUACAUAAUUUAAAAAUAAAACAUUUUAUUUUAA